GUUUUCAUGCGCUUGGAAAUUAAUAAACAUCAAAGACCCCAAGUUUAAAUAAUAGCACUGAUUAACAGAUUUAAGGCAUUCUGCUACUAAAAAAUAUUGCAGACGAGUGAGAAAUAAUAUUAUAUCUUUACCUGAUCGCAAAAACAUGGAAGAGUACAAAGAUUUGACCGUUGAGGGAUUGAUUAAUAAACUAAAAGGUACCAUACAUGAUGAUGAAACUCUUGAGAAAUUAAGACAUUGAACGCGAUUUCGACAAUAAAUAUCCAAAUGUAGCAGAUAACUUUUUGGAAAAGUUUGCCACAUAUUACGUUCCACGCAUUAACUUCUUUGUUAAAAAUUGUAAGCCAGUCUUAUACACAGAAGCAGCGGAUAUUACUGAUGAAAAUUUGAGAGCCUUACUCAUGUUGAGUGCAUUACUACCGGUAUCAAACUCUGUGAUCACAAAAAGAGGUAAAGGCGUAGGUAAAGGAAAGAAAAGAAAACUCAAUGAAAGCGAUGAUAGCCCUUUACCCGUCAAAACUGCAUUUCUCAAUAAAGAUCUCAUAAAAACUCUUCCGGACGGAACUAAUAUAAGUAACUACAUCAAAGAGAUUAAGGAACGUGAAGCUACUAAUGUCCAACCAUGUCUCAUUCUUAUGAAAGGUCAAGGUUAUGAAAAAUUUUUCAUUGAAGGGGAUAAUUGGCUUAUAAGUGUAGGCGACAAAAGUGGACCGAUUGCAGCUUUUAAUUUACUUUAUAAGCUAUUUUACGUGCUGAAUUUACAGUACCCGAACAGUUUGCAAAAUUUUUUCAAUUUUGUAGAUUGUUACGUUUUUGGAAUGCAAGGUGUAACAUCACGAUCAGUGGUCUCGGCCCUACAUAUUACAUUAAGUAAUAUUACAAUCAAGGAUUCAAAAGUUCUUAAUGAUAACGAUAAUGAUUCAUUAUCUGAUUAAAAAAUAUGAUUGAUAUUUUGUACUGAUAUUUUGUACUGAGCAUAUCAAAACUUUUUUAUUUAUUAUUUUAACUGUACUUGUGUUGUGUAUCAAA